GCUCGCUGGAGCAUAUGACCAGCCCAGUGCAGGGCAGUGGCGAGUGUCAGACUAACCAUUAGCAUUUCAAAGCCAUGAUGUCCAGAGCCUCCUGAUCCCAACGUGAGGUGAAGAUGUUCGUGGCAAGGUGCUGAAGACCCGGAACCAAAGAUGAACUGGGCCUCCUUCUACGCCCUCAUCAGUGGCGUGAACAGACAUUCCACAGGUAUCGGCCGCAUCUGGCUCUCUGUCCUCUUCAUCUUCCGCAUCCUGGUCCUGGUGGUGGCAGCAGAGAGCGUGUGGGGUGAUGAGAAGUCCGGCUUCACCUGCAACACCCAGCAGCCGGGCUGCAACAGCGUGUGCUAUGACCACUUCUUCCCCAUCUCUCACAUCCGCCUUUGGGCCCUGCAGCUCAUCCUGGUCUCCACUCCUGCCUUGCUGGUGGCCAUGCACGUGGCCCACCGCCGUCACGUGGACAAGAGGCUCUACAAGCUGUCGGGCCGCACCAACCCCAAAGACCUAGAGCAGAUCAAAAGCCAGAAGAUGAAAAUCACAGGUGCUCUCUGGUGGACUUACAUCAUCAGCCUGCUGUUCCGGAUCAUCUUCGAAGUGACGUUCAUGUUCAUGUUCUACAUGAUCUACCCGGGUUACAAGAUGAUCCGGCUGGUCAAGUGCGACUCGUACCCGUGUCCUAAUGUGGUGGACUGCUUUGUGUCCAGGCCCACUGAGAAAACCGUCUUCACUAUCUUCAUGCUGGCAGCAUCAGGGGUCUGUAUCCUUCUGAACAUCGCAGAGGUGGUCUUCUUGGUGGGGAAGACCUGUAGCAAACACGCCACCGGUCCUGGAGACUCCGCUGUGACAGCGUGGAUCCAAAAAAAGCUUUAGCAUGAGUCAAAUACAAACACCUCAAAACUGAUUAAAGGACUUCCAUUGCACUUCAGGACCAAAGUUACUUUCAAUUCCAGGAAGGACUUGACACAAAAAUCUUGACCCAAAUUUAGGUGACAUUAAUAGGCGUUCCUUCCAAAAUCACAGUAGCAGCUUUGUCCCUCUGACGACAUCAUAGGGAUCAUUUUCAUGGAUCCGUUUGAAAGUAAAUGGAUUAGACGAGCAAAGAGGUGACUCAGUGAACUCGAGCGCUGCUGUAAUCACAAGUUUUAACUUGACCGUCACCUCCUUUUUUAGUUUUGCACAGUUCCUUAUGCAAUACUUGUCUGUAGUUUUAAUGUAGAUGUGUGGCUAAUACAGGGGAUGUUUGCUUUUUGCAUGAAAUUUGAACUGCAAACUUGAAUAUUAAUGGAAUCUGGGAUCUAUUUAUUUUUAAAAAGAUAUGAAAUAUAAAGAUAUGAAAUGUUAAAAUGCUGCCUGGUUUUAUUUAU